AUGAAUAUGAUUUUAGAAGGAUCAUGGGGAGGGGAUAAGAGAUUAAAAGAAGAAUUUGCUAAUAACAUCAGUGGUGGUGGGCCAGCAGGUAUGAUUCAAGAUGUUGCAACUGGUAGAUUAAUUUUUGGAUUAUUUCGUAAAAAACGUGAAGGGGAAAAUGAUACUUAUAUAAGAUCAAAAGCAGGAUACUGGAUGGGUGAAAAUAGAUCUCAAUUGAAACCAAAUUUAAAAAGAAUAUUCUUGUUUAAUCCUUUGGUGCCGUUAUUUUUACGUAUGUUGAUUUUGAUGUUUUGUGCCAUUGCUUUGGGAUUAGCCUGUACCGUUUAUGUGUUUUCCAGAAGGAAAUACGAUGGUGAAACCAUUCCUCAACAAGCUAGUACCAUUAUGGCCAUUGUGGUUGAAUCGUGUGCCUUGGUGUAUGUCAUCUAUAUUGCAUAUGAUGAAUACACUGGUAAACCAAUUGGGUUAAGAGAACCCAUGAGUAAAAUGAGUUUAAUUUUACUUGAUUUGUUUUUUAUUAUAUUUUCAGCAGCUAAUUUGUCAUUAGCAUUUUAA